UAAAAAGUUUGGAUACAAACUCCCCCAGUUCUUAUUAUAAAUACAUGGUUCUCUCUUACACCUACUACUACUACUUGUAUCUUCACAGAAGGAGAAAUUCAAUAAUGGCUAAGUUCCCCAACUAUGUCAUCCUAUUCUUGCUUCUUUCUGCAUUUGCUGGGGUUUUGGAAAUUGAGUCUGCUAGAGUGGACAGUAGAGCUGAAGCCGAAAAGACAGCCUUCGGCGUAAGAAAGAUGCUGGACCCACCAACUGAAGAGGUCGUCGAGAUAAUGUCUGAAGUCGUCGGAAAGAUGUUCAAAAGAGAGUUGGAGUAUCGACUUACCACAAAACGAUGUUAUGAGCGUUGCAUUUUUGCACCAGUGUGCGUCAGCGCCAUAACUGGCUGCCACUGCGAAGACACCUACUGCGUCAAAAAGGAAUUAACCCCAGUUCUUGGAUCAUCCCAAAGCGAGUAAUCAUGAAGACGAGACACCAAGAAACCUAUAUAUGGUUAUGUUGUUGAAUGGGGUUCGGGGUUGAUUUCUCACUAAUUUGGUUAACUCCAAAUUGUGUGGGCUGUUUGCUGCAUUAUUUUCUCCUUUUCCCUUUUCCAAUCUUCAUGAACUUGUUAAUUAUUCUUCUAUUUUUGUGUAACCCUUUCCCAUGAUUUGGUGUUGUACUGUUCACUUCUUGUGACAUGACCCAAGUUUAUUGGAAUAAAUAAACUCGUCUUCGUCGUUGUUGUUG